UGCGGUUCUUUGUACUGGAGGCGGGUGGUGCCGGCGCCCGGCGUGGGCGUGGGGGCCAGGGCGGGCCCAAGCCUUCAGCCCCCCGACUCCCACCAGCCCCUCUCUGCAUCCCUGUGGAGGCGCCAGGACGGGCCGGCCGGGGACCCCAAAGGUGAAAAUGCUCAAGUUCAAGGCCUUUUGCCUGGAUUACUGGCAGUUUCUGUGUCUGCAGCCGCUGCACGGCAUCUAUAAAAGCGUCGAGGGCGAAGGCCCCAGCAGCGACACCGGCACGUCCCUGGACAGCCCCUCGGCCUACCACCAGGGUCCGCUCGCACCCGGCUCCAGCCUGAGCCCCGACCACUACGAGCACGCGGCCGUGGGCGCCUAUGGGCUGUACCCGGGGCCGCCGGGCCAGCAGCGCGUGCGGAGGCCCAAGCUGCAGCACUCGACGUCCAUCCUGCGCAAGCAGGCCGAGGAGGAGGCCAUCAAGCGCUCGCGCUCGCUGUCCGAGAGCUAUGAGCUCUCCUCCGACCUGCAGGACAAGCAGGUGGAGAUGCUAGAACGGAAGUAUGGGGGACGCCUGGUGAGCCGCCAUGCCGCCCGCACCAUCCAGACGGCCUUCCGCCAGUACCAGAUGAACAAGAACUUCGAGCGCCUGCGCAGCUCCAUGUCCGAGAACCGCAUGUCGCGCCGCAUCGUGCUGUCCAACAUGAGGAUGCAGUUCUCCUUCGAGGGGCCCGAGAAGGUGCACAGCUCCUACUUUGAGGGCAAGCAGCUCUCCGUGACCGACGACGGCGGCCCCCCGCUGGGGGCGCUGGUGCCGCCCGAGUGCGGGGACCUGGGCGAGCCCCCCGCCCUGCCCUCGCCCGCCCCGGCCGGCGGCGGCGACUUCACCGACGCCAUCACCGAGCUGGAGGACGCCUUCUCGCGGCAGGUGAAGUCGCUGGCCGAGUCCAUCGACGACGCCCUCAACUGCCGCAGCCUGCACGCCGAGGAGGCCGGGGCGGCCCCCGACGCCGAGCCCCCGCCGGCCCUGCACGGCGUGGACCCGCGCCGGCUGGACGAGAUGACGGCCUCCUACAGCGACGUCACCCUGUACAUCGACGAGGAGGAGCUGUCGCCGCCCCUGCCCCCAGCCCAGGCCACCCACCCGCACCGGCCGGGCAGCGCCGAGGCCGACCUGCGGCUGCGGGCCGGGGGCGCUGUCCAGGACUACUGGGCGCUGGCCCGCAAGGACAAGGGAGACGUGGACGCGAGCUGCCGGAGCACGCCGUCGCUGGAACGGCCGGAGCAGAGGUGCCGGCGAGCCGAGCACCUCCCGCUGCUCACCAUCGAGCCGCCCAGCGACAGCUCCGUGGACCUCAGCGACCGCUCGGACCGCGGCUCGCUCAAGAGGCCGGGCGCCUACGAGCGCGGCCCCGGCGGGCCGCAGGGCAGCCCCAAGCACGGUGCCGCCCCCAAGGGCCUGGCCCGGGAGGAGCCCGAGCUGCGGGCCCGGCCCCCGCGGCCCCUGGACGGCCACCUGGCCAUCAACGGCUCGGCCAACAGGCAGAGCAAGUCCGAGUCGGACUACUCGGACGGGGACAACGACAGCAUCAACAGCACCUCCAACUCCAACGACACCAUCAACUGCAGCUCCGAGUCCUCGUCCCGCGACAGCCUGCGGGAGCAGACGCUGAGCAAGCAGACCUACCACAAGGAGACGCGCAACAGCUGGGACUCGCCCGCCUUCAGCAACGACGUCAUCCGCAAGCGCCACUACCGCAUCGGCCUCAACCUCUUCAACAAGAAGCCUGAGAAGGGCAUCCAGUACCUCAUUGAGCGCGGCUUCGUGCCCGACACGCCCGUGGGGGUCGCCCACUUCCUGCUGCAGCGCAAGGGCCUCAGCCGGCAGAUGAUCGGCGAGUUCCUGGGCAACCGGCAGAAGCAGUUCAACCGGGACGUGCUCGACUGCGUGGUGGACGAGAUGGACUUCUCCGCCAUGGAGCUGGACGAGGCGCUGCGCAAGUUCCAGGCGCACAUUCGCGUCCAGGGGGAGGCGCAGAAGGUGGAGCGGCUGAUCGAGGCCUUCAGCCAGCGCUACUGCAUCUGCAACCCCGGGGUGGUGCGGCAGUUCCGGAACCCCGACACCAUCUUCAUCCUGGCCUUUGCCAUCAUCCUGCUCAACACGGACAUGUACAGCCCCAACGUCAAGCCCGAGCGCAAGAUGAAGCUGGAGGAUUUCGUCAAGAACCUGCGAGGAGUGGACGACGGCGAGGACAUUCCCCGUGAGAUGCUGGUUGGAAUCUACGAGCGGAUUCGCAAGCGGGAGCUGAAGACCAACGAGGACCAUGUGUCCCAGGUGCAGAAGGUGGAGAAGCUCAUCGUGGGCAAGAAGCCGAUCGGAUCCCUGCACCAUGGCCUGGGCUGUGUGCUGUCACUGCCCCACCGGCGCCUGGUCUGUUACUGCCGGCUCUUCGAGGUCCCCGACCCCAGCAAGCCCCAGAAGCUGGGGCUGCACCAGCGAGAGAUCUUCCUGUUCAACGACCUCCUGGUGGUCACCAAGAUCUUCCAGAAGAAAAAGAACUCGGUGACGUACAGCUUCCGGCAGUCCUUCUCGCUGUACGGCAUGCAGGUCCUGCUCUUCGAGAACCAGUACUACCCCAAUGGCAUCCGACUCACCUCUGCCAUCCCCGGGGCAGAUAUCAAAGUGCUGAUAAACUUCAACGCACCCAACCCUCAGGACCGCAAGAAGUUCACGGACGACCUGCGCGAGUCCAUUGCUGAAGUGCAGGAGAUGGAGAAGCACAGGAUAGAGUCCGAGCUGGAGAAGCAGAAGGGCGUGGUGCGGCCGGGCACGGCGCAGUGCUCCAGCUUGCGGAAGGAACCGGGUGGCAGUGCACUGAGCCGGGCCUGCCUGGACGACAGCUACGCCAGCAGCGAGGGCCUGAAACGCAGCGCCCUCAGCAGCUCCCUGCGCGACCUCUCGGAAGCGGGGAAGCGUGGGCGCCGCAGCAGUGCGGGAUCGCUAGAGAGCACUGUGGAAGGGUCCAUCAUUAGCAGUCCUCACAUGCGCCGGAGAGCCGCAUCAACCCGCGAGUGUCCAUCCCGCCCACACCAGGCCCUGCCCAACUCCUCCUCCUCCCUCCUGGGCUCCCUGUUCGGGAGUAAGAGAGGGAAGCUCCCUCCCCAGGCCCUCCCGGCCGCAGCCCCCCCGCAGCCGCCCCCGCACCCGGGGCCUCCCGAGGGCCCGCCCCCCGGCCCGGGGCACGGACACCACUGUGCCCAGUACUGCCCCCUGCAGAGCCCGCCCCCCUACCACCACCACCACCACUACCACCCGCCCCAGCACGCCCCGCACCCACACCAGUACCACCACGGGCCCCACGCCGGGCACCCCCCCUACGGGGCCUACACGCACGGCCCCCACGCCGGCCACGGGGGCCACGCGGCACACCACCACGGGCAGCCCCCCGCCCCGCCGCCCCCCACCAGCAGCAAGGCCAGGCCCAGUGGCAUCAGCACAAUCGUGUAGGCAGCCUGGGCGGGUCCCUGACUCCGCGGGAGCAUCGGCACACCCGGCCGGGGGCGCCCCGGCCAGACCCAGGGCACACGUGUCUCCAGCCCUCCCCGCGCUCCCCCCAGGGGCGCACCCCACCCCCUGGCGCCGCAAUGCAACCCUCACCCCCAGCCCGGGCCGGGCGAGGGAACAACGUUCCCCCCGCACCUGGGCGCUGUCCACUUCCGCCCACGGGCAGGGCCGCGGCCCCCAACCGGCCAAGGAGUGUGCACUGGGCCCCGGCAGCCCCCUGCAGCCCUCGGCGCUCUGCUGCCCGGUUGCACACGCAUAUGAGAACUCAGACAAAGAAGAAACGAGACACACAACCAGAAACUAAAACCAAACGACCCCCAAACGCGCUGCGUUCUUGCUCUUUUAUUGACAAUGGGCAAAAAAAUAAUAAUAAUAAUAAUAACUAAGUAGACCUGAUAUGGUUGAUGAAAAUCCGUAAGUAAACUUUAUAUAAUAUAAAUAUAUAAAUAUAUAAAUAGAGAUUAUAAAUAUGAAUAUAUAUAUAUAUACUGUAUAGGGAACGGUGGCGUGGGAAACCGAGGGCCACUACAGCCCCGGUCAGCAAUACAGAGGUGACCAGGCGUUCCUCAGCCCGCCAGGAAGACAGGACCGUAGCUGAAUGUGUGGGAGGAUAGUCCAGAAACCCAGCCGCUAGGAACAUGCCGGACCUGUCCAUGUUUUUCUACAAGAGCCUCGUCUCGCAGGGGCUGGUACUCCAUCACCACUGACUGUGCCAAGUACCGCCAUAGCACCUAACCGUCUAAAGAGAACCCGGUAGCGCUUUGUAGAAACCCUUAUUUUAUUAACAGAAUACUCUCCUAAGUACUCAGUAUUAUAACUGCUCUUUCAGGUAAGCGACUAGAUAACAAUGCAGUAAAAACAAAAACAAAACAAAAAAAAAAA